AUCUCAAUCUCAUUUUCUUCAUCAUAAUACACUCACCACUACAAACAUUUUUAUAAUAUAAAGUUUUUAUAAAUGUCACACUAUUCUUCCUUUUCUACUUAGCUUUUACUACUUGACUUUAUUUUGUUUUGUUCUCAUUCCAUUCCAUUCUCCUAUCUCUCUCUCUCUCUGCACUUUAUUUUGGGCAAGUCAUCAAUCUUUCAAUUUUCUUGGCAUGAUAUGAUAUAUUCUGCUUUACAAUUAGUCUCUCUCUCUCUCUCUCUCUCUCUCUCUCUCUCUCUCUCUCUCUCUCUCUCUCUCUCUCUCUCUCUCUCUCUCUCUCUCCUGAGUUCAAUUCUCUGAGGAGGGGGUAGUUAUUGUCAUAAUUGUGUUAACUUAACUGAUCUUUUCUUGUGAAAACCAUUCAAUUCAAUGUUGCUAUUGAAAAACUCUUCAAACUUCAUUCUCUUAGGAAAAGUUUAUUUUUUUCUUCUUCCAAUUAAUGCUUUUCAAUUACACUAAUUAGAUGAGAAAAUUGGGUAGAAGGGUUGGUAAUGAAAUUCACACUCAUACAUAAUUUACCAUAAAAAAACGGUUUUUAUAUUUUUAAUUUUGAUUUCCUGAAUUGGGUUUGUAGCUGAUUAGGAUCUGCUACUGCUACUUCAGUGCUUUUCACUGUUUUGUCUUCUAGCUUCUGGAAUUUUCCAUGGAGAUAGAUAACAGUGAGAUGAAGUCAAAGAAGAUGGAAGAGUAUGAAGUUAUAGAACAAAUUGGUAGAGGAGCAUUUGGUUCUGCUUUUCUUGUUCUUCAUAAGUCUGAGAAAAAGAGGUAUGUGCUGAAAAAGAUUCGUUUGGCUAAGCAGACAGAGAAGUUCAAAAGAACAGCACACCAAGAGAUGAAUCUGAUUGCAAAACUGAAUAAUCCAUAUAUUGUGGAUUACAAAGAUGCUUGGGUGGAGAAGGAGGACCAUGUAUACAUUAUAACUGGCUAUUGUGAAGGCGGUGACAUGGCUGAGAGCAUUAAGAAAGCUCGAGGAUCAUUUUUUCCUGAGGAGAAGGUCUGCAAAUGGCUAACUCAAUUGUUGAUAGCUGUAGAUUACUUGCACUCUAACCGUGUAAUCCACAGGGAUCUUAAGUGUUCCAACAUAUUCCUCACCAAGGACAACAGUAUUCGGCUCGGUGACUUUGGUCUUGCAAAGCGACUUAAUGGAGAAGACCUUGCUUCCUCGGUCGUUGGAACUCCAAAUUACAUGUGUCCCGAGCUCCUCGCGGACAUACCAUAUGGUUAUAAAUCUGAUAUAUGGUCUCUCGGUUGCUGCAUGUUUGAGAUUGCUGCACAUCAAUCAGCAUUUCGUGCUCCGGACAUGGCUGGUCUUAUCAAUAAAAUAAACAGAUCCUCCAUUUCUCCCCUUCCAAUUGUUUAUUCUCCCACACUGAAACAAAUUAUCAAGAGCAUGCUGAGGAAAAAUCCAGAACAUAGGCCAACCGCUGCCGAAUUGUUAAGACAUCCACAUUUACAACCUUAUGUUAUUCGCUGUCAGAACGCAUCAUCUAAUGUUCUUCCAAUAUAUCCCUUAGUUAACUCAAAGGAUAAAACAAAAAGAUCUCCCAAAUCUAGUAGCAGAGAAAUGGGAUUUGUAAAUCGUUUGGAACGGGUUCAUCCUAUUGAGGGAAAUGGUGAUGUACAGACAAGAAAUCUUCGUAACAAUGGUGAGGUAACAAUCUCAACAAGCACUCAAUACAACCUUGAGAACAAGAUGGAUGCUCUUACAAGAUACACAGUCGAAUCUUCUACUAGUAUUAGCGACUCAAAAGAUGGUUCAACAACAUCUGAAUCAACUACUUGUAGUGUGUGCAAGGAGGACUAUAAAAUUAGACCACCAAGGGAAAUGGCUAACAAUGGAAUCACCUUGAAGAGCAUACACGAUUCUCUGCAUGAAGAAGAACAAAGAUUUGCUGCAGCGACCACCGAAGUUGAAGAUACCUUCUCGAGGGAAGGUUUUGGUAAUGCCGAAGCGCAUAGGGAACAUGCCAAACUUGAUGACCUCAGGAAAUCGACUACUUCCAGUGCAGGCAGUAGCAGCACUGACAAAAGCAAUUCAAUUAACGAGGAAAGUUCAUCGCUAAUAAUGCAUCCUCUCAGGGUUGAACAUGACAGUACUGAGUCCGGAGACUACUCGAAGAAAAAUGAAAACCGUGAUUCCUUUACAGAAGAAGGCUUGCAUAUAAACGGCUUGUCGUUAGAGAGUAUUGAUAAUCAUAAUACCAAUACACUUGGAGUUCAGGAUGAUAGUAUAGCAAAACAACGCAUUAUUUGCUCCACACAGAAAGAUGAUAAUGUAACACCAAACGGAAUUUCAUUGAGUGUAGUUACUGCAACAGAUGGUGACAGUGACGAAACAAUCAAGGAUGCAUUGGAUAGUCCAUGCCAGAAAAGAGCCGAUGCAUUGGAAUCUCUGCUUGAGUUAUGUGCUCAAUUACUCAAACAAGAUAAACUUGAAGAGCUCGCUGGCGUGUUAAGACCAUUUGGAAAAGAAGCUGUAUCAUCAAGAGAAACAGCAAUAUGGUUGACAAAAAGCCUCAUAUCUGCUCAAAAGUUUAACCCUGAAAACUAGUUUAAUUAUGAGAGGUUCUCCUUGUUAAUUUAUUUACAUUGUUGUAUGAAAUGUGUAUUUCAAAUGCCAUAUAAGUUUGUUCAUUUGAGUUUGUUGCUUGGUUGAUGAUUGCAGAAUGGGAAAUAGCAUGCCACAUAUUGUUUAUUGCUAAAUGGUUAUAUUAAAUUAUUUUUGUUAGGUUGGAUA